AUGCUCAGAAGGCCAAUUCUUACUGCAACAGAUAUUGUCGAAGGAAUUGUUUGGAGUGAUCCAAAGCCAGAACAGAAAAUCGAAUAUUUAAACUCUCCGAGAGGGCAUGGUUACUAUUUUAAUCAAACAGCUCUUGAAUCUUUUUUAGAAAAAAAUAAAUUGAAAGGAUUAAUCAGAGGACACUUAUUUGUAGAUGGUUACGAAUCAAUGUUCGAUGGGAAGUGUAUUACUGUAUUUUCUGCUUCAAAUUAUACAACUGCAUUUUCAAGUUCUUCUGCGAUAUUAAUGAUAACAGCAACAGGCGAAAUAUCAUCAGCUGUUUACCCAGGAUUGGAUACUCCUUCAAGAAUGCAGCCUGUAAAACAAAAUCCCUUCCCUAAACUAAACAUGGCCACAGUUAACGUGAAUAGUACUAUUAUUCCUAGAAUGACGAACUUGAAGAGAACUACUAAAGUUAGAAAUGAAAACACGGCAAGGCCAAGACACGGAUCUGAAGUUCAGGCAACUUCAAUCAUGAAAACAAGACAAUUGCUGCUAGGAAAGUAA